AUGGCUUACAAGACUCAAGCAAUAAAAUGCAGCUUUCAAGAUCCUAUUCCAAUUGUUCACAAAUAUUUCCAACCUGGUGACCUGAUCAUUGGUGGCAUUACUAAGUUUGUGUUCACAACUACUGAUGCAGAAAGCUUUAAGGAAGAUCCCCAUCAUACUCUUGUUAGUGAAACUCUAGUUCUAAGUAAAUAUUAUCAGCAUAACUUGGCCAUGAUAUUUGCUGUGAAGAAGAUCAAUGAAGAUAUCCAGAUCUUACCAAAUAUAACGUUGAGCUACAAUAUCUAUGAUAGAUAUGAGGAUGCUGACUUUCAAGCCAAACUGGAAAUUUUCUCCAGUCAGAACAAAUUAUUUCCCAAUUACAAGUGUGGCAUCCUGAACAAAGCUAUAUCAGUUAUUGGGAAUAUUGAUCAAGGAAUGUUUUACAUGGAUAUUUUAGAUACUUAUAAAGUUCCACAGGAGAAGUAUGAGUGGCAAAAAAUUCAGUCUUCAGGAUCUCCAGCCAUGGCAGGACUGGAUAUUGAAAACUGGAUCACCUUCCCCAACCAGUCCUUCCAUCAACUGAAAGUUGGGAAGCUGGAUCCCUGGGCUGCAGAAGACAAAAUGUUCAGCAUUCAUGAGGAAGCCCUCACCUGGCCCAGCACUUUCAAUCAAACCUUACCUGUUUCCCUCUGUACUGAGAACUGCCUUCGUGGUUAUUUCAGGAGAAAGCAGGAGGAGAAGCCAUUUUGCUGCUAUGAUUGCCUUCCCUGUCCCAAAGGGAAAAUGUCAGAUCAGGAGGAUAUGGAUGAUUGUCUAAAAUGUGCAGAAGAUCAAUAUCCAAAUAAGAACCAAAAUUCAUGCCUUCUCAAGACAACAUCUUUCUUGUCCUAUGAAGAACCAUUGGGAAUAAGUUUAGUUACUCUGGUACUUUUCUUUUCUCUCUGCACACUUGCAGUGCUGGCAACAUUUUUGAAGUAUCAUCAUACUCCCAUUGUCAAGGCUAAUAAUCGAAAUCUCUCCUAUGUUCUACUCAUCUCCCUCCUCCUCUGCUUCCUUUGCUCACUGCAGUUCCUUGUUGUACCAGGCAAUAUAAUAUGUCUCCUCCGACAAGUUAGCUUUGGUAUUAUAUUCUCAGUGGCCGUGUCUUCUGUGCUGGCAAAAACCAUCACUGUGGUUCUGGCUUUCAUGGCCAGCAAGCCAGGAUCCAGGAUGAGGAAAUGGGUGGGAAGAGGCCUGGCCACCUCCAUUGUUCUUUCUUGUUCCCUGAUUCAAGCAGUCAUCUGUAUGGUGUGGUUGUUCACAUUUCCCCCUUUCCCUGAUAUUGACACCCUUUCAGAAAUUGAGGAAAUGAUACUGCAGUGUAAUGAAGGCUCAGAUAUUAUGUUCUACUGUGUCCUGGGAUACAUGGGCUUACUGGCAACUGCCAGUUUCACAGUAGCUUUUUUCUCCAGGAAUCUUCCCAGCAGUUUCAAUGAGACCAAAUGUCUUACAUUCAGCAUGCUGAUCUUCUGCAGUGUGUGGCUCUCUUUUGUUCCAUCCUACCUGAGCACGAAAGGUAAAUAUAUGGUGGCUGUGGAGGUUUUCUCCAUUUUGGCUUCCAGCGCUGGGCUGCUUGUCUGCAUAUAUUUCCCCAAAUGCUAUAUAAUAAUUUUUAGGCCAGAGCUAAACAGCAGGAAACAAUUAAUAAAGAGAAACUCUGUGUAA